AAGCUUUUCCAGUAGUAAAACGAAGUGACGAACUUUGUACUAAGCAUUAUUACUUUUUGAAAGUUUUGCCAGCGGUCGAACGAAGUAACGGAUAUUGUAUUAAGUAUUAUUGCUUGUUAAAAGGUUUGCCAGGGGUUGAACGAAGUAAUGAACGUUGUU